GGGACCGUAGCCCGAGUAAAGGGCGGGGCCGGCGGUAACUUGCACGAGGAAGCAGGAGCGGCCGGGAUACUGGAGAGAGGGAGGCGGACUGAGGCUGCCUCCCACGAGCUGGGGUCGAGAGAUCUCCAACUUGUAUCCCAACUGGUCCCGUACCCAGUCACCAGCAUGGCAUGGUUCAACUUGGAACUGUAGCUGUAACACCUCGAUGAGCUGUACACUCCACUCGAAUAGUACUAAUGGCAAAGAGAUGGAAACUAUUGCCACAAGUGUGGGUUUGUUGAGCUUUGAAAUCUUCUGCAAAGAGUUUUGCACACGUGUUCCACCAACUUUUGAAUAUGAUUGAGGUGCUAGCUAUAGCGCUAAAAGCACUAUAGUUGAAAGUGGACCAACUUAUUCAACGUGAAUACUCUGUUGGGCUCUCUCUCACUCUUACUCACCCUGAAGGCAUUGUUGCUGCCGUCCACAGCCACCGAGAGAGGUCCAACAUUGGCCACAGCUGACUGGAGGUCACUCUCACUCCCACUUGAUAUCUCUAUACUCCCUGACAUUUGAGCUCCCAGUCCAUUGGAGGAAAAGCUGCACGACUGUUGCUGUGAGUAUAGAGAAGGGAGGUAGUGCAGCAUGGUUCAACUGAUGCUAGUGGUAACAUCACUCCUGCUCUGUCUGCUGGCACCCUCCCGUGCCUCUCCUGUCUCCUUCCAACAAUAUCUAGAGGAAGAAGAAGUGGAGGAACAGUGGAAACCAGUGUACCAACUGUCGCGACAGUGGCAGGCCUGGAAAUCUGAGCACACGAGGAGCUAUAUCUCCGACAACGAAGAGCUAGAGAGACACCUUAUUUGGAUCUCUAAUAUGAAGUAUAUUGAGGGUCACAAUGCUAACGAGAACAUGUUUGGAUAUCGUCUGUCAAUGAACCAGUAUGGAGAUAUGACAGAUAUUGAGUACAAGACAAAGAUCCUCACAUACCGCAAGACCAACACCUCUUCUGGGGGAUCAGGUGGCCCUAAAGUAACCCCCUAUGUCCCUGACCCUCACCUGAGUCUGCCUGAGGCUCUGGACUGGAGAUCUCGAGGUGCUGUCAGCGCAGUCAAGGAUCAGGGGAGCUGUGGAGCUAGCUAUGCCUUCAGUACCACUGGCAGCAUUGAGGGUGCCGUAGCUCUUGGCUAUGGCAGACUUGUGUCGCUCAGUGAGCAGAACAUCAUUGACUGCUCAGUUCCCCUUGGCAACAACGGCUGUAACGGAGGCAACAUGUACAACUCAUUCAUGUACAUUAUCGACAAUGGGGGAAUAGAUACAUCAUACGCCUACCCUUACCAGGGCUCUCAAACGGGGUGUAGUUUUGACCGCUACGCCGUGGGAGCUGACAUUACAGGGAUCAUCAGUAUCAGAGAGGGCAGUGAGUACCAUCUCCAGACUGCUCUCGCCUCCGCUGGACCCAUCUCCAUAGCUGUCGACGCCAGUACCAACUCCUUCAGAUUCUAUGAUGGCGGGGUGUUUGACUCGUUCCGAUGUUCCAGUACUGACGUCAACCACGCCAUGACUCUCAUCGGUUACGGCACCUACAAUGGGAAGGAACACUGGAUGGUCAAAAACAGCUGGGGUACCAGUUGGGGUGUGGAUGGCUACAUCAUGAUGACCAGGAACUACUACAACCAAUGUGGAAUUGCCAGCGAUGCCUCCUACCCAAGUCUCUAAUGAGGACUCUGUAUUUUUGUUGUCAUUUGGAUUUCGAAUUUUUGUCUGAUUGGACAAAAAAUCAAUAUUAUUU